AGAAUGAUGUGUUAAUAUAGAAGUGCAUAGAAAGAGAGAUAGAGGCAGUGGGGGAUAGAUAAACAGAGGAAAAAUGAGGUAGGGGAAGAAAACCAGAGGAGGGGGGGAGAUACAUACAUGUAUACACUCAAAGGCGUAUAAAUAAAUAAAUGGAUAAAGAGAUAGAUAGAUAGAGAGAGAGGAUAAAGUGGGGAACAAAGAUGAAAGAAGAUGACAGCCUUCCUUUGCCCGCAGUCUCGUCUGGAAGAAGAAAGGCGCAAGAAUCGAGCGCUGACGAGGCAGAUCCGAGAGAAGGAGAGCGAGCUCACAGAAGCCGAGGCAGAACAUAAUGAAAGGGUGAAAAGUCUCAAAAGAAGGGAGAAGAGGAAAGAGGAAGAGGCUGCCGAAGCGAGAGGCGAGCUUGAGAGCGAGCUCAGGCGACGAGACAAGAGGAUCGAGGUCCUCAAGAAAAAACUCAGAGAUCAAGAAGAGGAAAGCGAAAUGGACUCGCAACUCGAAGAGGAAGACAGCGUGUUAAAGCGAAUGAUUUGGCAGUUCAGAGAACAAGAACAAAAGAAACAAAAACUUCAAUCCUCGGCCUCAGGCAGGAAGAGCAGGGCCUGGGGAGCAGCUGCCAGCGAUGAGACUCAGCCAGCAGCUGCCACGGACGGGGCUAGGGGAGCGGCGGGCGGGAGAGACAAGCCUCAGCAAACAGCUGGCAGCAGAGGCAAGGCUAGGAAAGCACCAGAAAACGACGAGCCUGUGCAGUCCGCAGGCAGGAGGGAAGGGGCAGGGGGGAAGGUAGACAGGAGAGCCAAGUCUAAGGGGCUAGCCGACAGGGACGAGUCGUCACAAGAAGACGACAGGGACGAGUCGUCACAAGAAGACGACAGCGACGAGUCGUCACAAGAAGACGACAGCGACGAGUCGGCAGAAGACGACAGGGUCGAGUCAGUGUGAUUUCAUCCAACUUCGUAAAGACCGUGUGUAAAAUAACGAAUAAAUAUAUAGAGUAUA